UUUUUGCAGCUUUACCAACAAGGCCGACUAUGCCAGCUGGGUAGCGAAUUCUGCGAACUAGAAGUUUUUGCAAAGGUGCUUCGAGCUUUAGAUAAAAGGCAUCUCCUUCACCACUGCUUUCAGGCGUUGAUGGAUCACGGAGUAAAAGUCGCUUCCGUCUUGGCCUACUCAUUCAGCAGGAGGUGUUCCUACAUCGCUGAAUCAGAUGCUGCCGUAAAAGAAAAAGCGAUCCAGAUUGGGUUUGUCUUAGGGGGGUUCCUGUCUGAUGCUGGCUGGUACAGUGAUGCCGAGAAGGUGUUCCUUUCCUGCCUUCAGUUAUGUACCCUUCAUGAUGAGAUGCUCCACUGGUUUCGUGCUGUCGAAUGUUGCGUCAGGUUACUGCACGUCCGGAAUGGCAACUGUAAAUACCACUUGGGAGAAGAAACCUUCAAAUUAGCACAGUCUUACAUGGAAAAACUGGCAGAGCACGGCCAGCAAGCCAACAAAGCCGCACUCUACGGGGAGCUGUGUGCUCUGCUUUUUGCAAAGAGUCAUUACGAUGAGGCUUACAAAUGGUGUAUAGAAGCAAUGAAGGAGAUCUCGGUUGGCUUGCCUGUAAAAGUAGUAGUGGAUGUUUUACGACAAGCCUCAAAGGCUUGCGUUGUGAAACGUGAAUUUAAGAAAGCCGAGCAGUUGAUAAAACACGCAGUGUACCUAGCACGGGAGCAUUUUGGAGCCAAACAUCCUAAAUAUUCGGACACUCUACUUGACUAUGGAUUUUAUUUACUCAACGUAGAUAACAUAUGCCAGUCAGUUGCAAUUUAUCAGACAGCCUUGGACAUCAGACAGUCGGUGUUUGGCGGCAAAAACAUCCAUGUAGCUACAGCCCAUGAAGAUCUGGCGUACUCUUCUUACGUUCACCAGUACAGUUCGGGAAAAUUUGAUAAUGCACUAUUCCAUGCAGAACGUGCGAUUGGCAUCAUCACCCACAUUCUCCCAGAAGAUCACCUGCUCCUCGCCUCUUCCAAACGAGUUAAAGCGCUUAUCCUGGAGGAGAUUGCAAUCGACUGCCACAAUAAGGAAACCGAGCAACGGCUACUCCAGGAAGCUCACGACCUGCACCUCUCCUCUCUCCAGCUGGCCAAGAAAGCGUUCGGGGAAUUCAACGUUCAGACAGCGAAACACUACGGCAACCUUGGCCGACUUUAUCAGUCAAUGAGGAAAUUUAAGGAGGCGGAGGAAAUGCACAUCAAAGCAAUUCAGAUCAAGGAGCAGCUGCUUGGUCAAGAAGAUUACGAAGUCGCUCUUUCGGUGGGACACCUCGCCUCGCUCUACAACUAUGACAUGAAUCAGUACGAAAACGCUGAAAAGCUUUAUUUGAGAUCCAUCGCAAUUGGAAAAAAGCUGUUUGGGGAAGGUUACAGUGGACUAGAGUAUGACUACAGGGGCCUCAUUAAACUGUACAACUCCAUUGGCAACUACGAGAAAGUAUUUGAAUACCACAAUAUCUUAGCCAACUGGAACAGAUUGCGGGAUCGGCAGUUUUCAGUCACAGAUGCCCUGGAGGAUGUCAGCACCAGCCCUCAGUCAACUGAGCAAGUGGUCCAGACUUUCCUGAUGUCUCAGACCGUCGAAGGACCCGUUUGCUAAGGAACUUGGUCAAUUUUACCAAUUCUUGUUUCUCCCCUAAAUUUACACGGGAAAAGUCAUACUGUGAAAUUCGAAACCAUAUGUAUUUUUUUUUCUUUUUCCAACCCUCCUUUCCCGGAGCUGUUUUAAAAAAAACCAAUAAUAAUAAUAAUAAUUCGCAUUGAAACACUGGUCCAGUCCAUAAAAAAAAAUCCCAUUUUGGGGAU